UGGGACUUGAUUGAUGAGUUGAGCAGGUGGGGAAAGGUCUUCUCCUAAGAGUAGGGUGCAAGUCUCAAUGAAGGAGGACCAUCACCCAAUCAAAUCUGUCAAAGAAACAACAGAGGCUUAUGAAGGAAGAUAAAAUGAAGGGAGGGGGGUACUUAUUGUUCAGCUUCUGAUUCUGAAUGCUUUAAAACUUUAGUCAUUUCUUCCAUUUGGGACCUUAGCAAAAAGAGAGAACCCACUUCUCUUCCAAAAGGGUUGGAGGUCUCAACCACCCUUUGAGUGCUGUACCUUUUAGAGAUUUGUAGGUUACUGUCCAUCCACUUUGAGCAUUGCUGGGUUGUCACUAAGAGCAAGGAGCAAGAAGAGUAAGACUGCAAGAGGAGGGGAACCAGUAGCUUCAAGCGAAAAUCAGUUUUCUUCAACUGUUUUGUUUGCAGGAUGGCAUCGGCAGAAGGAGUGAGCAGAAAAGGGCCAAACUGGCUUGCACUUCCAAGAGAAGUGACAGAAAAUAUAUUGCAAAGGCUUCAUAUCGAUGAAAUUGUGACGAGUGCAUGUCUAGUGUGCCCUUUAUGGUGGAACAUUUGCAAGGACCCUCACAUGUGGCGCACCAUUGCCAUCACCCACCCCAGAUAUUCAUUCUACAAUUCGGUGGAUAUAUGUUCCUAUGCCAUUAGAAGAAGUUAUGGUCAUCUGGAAGACAUUAGUAUUGACUCCAUUGCCACUGAUGAUCUCAUGGACAUUGCUAAUAGCACAAGUGUUCUACGUCGCUUAUGCCUUUUAGACUGCAACAGAAUUUCAGAUAGAGGGAUGAUGGAAGCUGUGAAGAAGUUUCCAUUAUUAGAGGAGCUUGACAUUUCAUAUUCAAGCAACAUAACUAAAGAUUCUCUUGAAGAAAUUGGCCGGUGUUGUCCUUUUUUGAAAACAUUAAAAUUUAACCAGAUUAGCUUCUGGAGGUCAUCUUUCUCUGAUGAUAAUGAGGAGGCGUUUGCUAUAGCUCAAACCAUGCCUGCUCUCCGCUAUCUACAGAUUAUUGGUAACACUAUCAGUGAUGUUGGCUUGCUUGCCAUUCUCAAUGGUUGCCCUCUGCUUGAAUUUCUUGACCUUCGAUGUUGUGAAUUUCUUGAUUUGAGUGGUAGCUUAGGGAAAAGGUGUCGUGAGCAGAUCAAACAUUUACUUCUUGUCAUUGAUCCAGAUGAUUUUCCUUCCGUUACUCCAGAUAAUAUAUGAAUGAAGUAUGUAGGUCUCUAUUUAUUGAAAGUAUAUGUUGACAGACAUGAUCAGCUGGGAAUUUAUUAUUGUAGUUUUUAGAUCACAUAGACUACGGUUAUGUUGACCAUUGGGUACUAGUUGAAAAACACAAAUGGCUUGUCUUUUUUGUUCUUCAAUAUUACCUAGUUUUUUAUUGUUGUUAUUUUUAGUAUAGAUCUGUUUCUAAGCAACUCAUCCAUCAUUGCAUAUGGUUGGUUACCGCCACUUUAAUCA